AUGUUUGACUAUAAAUAUUUAAGUGUGAAACAUCUCAAGGGAUUCAAUAAUUAUAAGUAUAGCGCAAUCGACACAAGUCCACUUAGCAAAUAUGUGAUGCACCCAACUUGGAACACGCUGGUAAAGAUUGUCCCAAGAUGGGUGGCUCCAAACCUCCUAACCUUCGCUGGUUUCCUCUGCAUGCUGGUAAAUGUAGUAUUGCUGACGAUAUACGACUAUGACUUAACAGCAUCAGCUGUCGGCGCCCAAGGAAUACCCAGGGCCAUAUUUACCCUUUGUGGGGUUUUAUUGUUUUUAGCUUAUCAUUUAGAUGGCAUAGAUGGCAAACAGGCCAGACGAAUCGGAGUUUCUGGUCCUCUCGGAGAGAUGUUUGACCAUGGAAUAGACUCUUAUAUUGUCUUUCUGAUACCUUUCUGUCUCUUCUCCGUGUUUGGACGUGAUACGUACUCUAUACCAGAGUUCAGAGGUUACUUAGUUGUGUUGAGCGUGGUGCUCAAUUUCUACGUGAGCCAUUGGGAGAAGUAUAACACUGGUAUCCUGUAUUUACCCUGGGGAUAUGAUCUUAGUAUGUGGGUAGCCAGUAUAAUAUUCCUGGUGGCAGGAGUGAAUGGCCCGGAAGUAUACAAAACCUAUGUUUAUGGAGAAGUUACGUUCGUUCAGGCUCUGGAGUUGGCCAUACACACGACUGGCCUAUUCACAACAUUACCUGUCGCUGUGUAUAAUGUUUAUCUGUCGUACAAGAAACGUACGGGUAAAAUGUAUCCGUUAGUUGACGCUUUGAGACCCAUAUGGCCCAUGUUGAUAAUGACAUGUCUAAUGACGUCAUGGGCGGCUAGCAGUGAUAUUAUGUUGCGGGAUUUGAGGGCGUUUCUGAUGCUCUUCGGGACUCUUUUCAGCAAUAUUGCGAGUCGUCUCAUAGUUGCCGAGAUGAGUGGACAAUGCUGCGACACAAUUUCAUGGGUAAAUAUACCUCUGGCGAUUGGGAUUGGACUGGCGAACCUUCUACCUCACUACGAACUGGCCAUUUUGUAUAUUCUGACAGCUUUUACCAUCUGCGCUCAUCUACAUUACGGUAUUUGUGUGGUCCGACAAAUGUGUGAUCACUUUAAAAUACAAUGCUUCAAAGUACCCAAAGACAAGAGAAAAUAG